AUGCAUCUAUGUCAGACAAAAGCAACACUUAGACCAACCGAGCCAACAAAGUCGUGUGAAUCUCAGUAUAUUCAUAGCUGCACCGUACCAUGUGAUGGUAUUUUGCGUAAUGCAGAUAACCUUACUAAUUCUGGGGAUAAUAGUUUUUUGAAUCCUUCUACAAAAGACUCCUCCAGUAAUUCUAAUAUUAAUGACUCCAUGAAUGAGGUUCAAAGUCAGCUUUCCAUCCUAGGGUCAAAUGAUCAAAUCCGGUCACUUCCACAGGAAGAAAAAGAUCAACGUGAUGUCAUUAAGAAACUUGUUGAUUCUGGAAGUCACAUGAGCGAUUUGACUUUACAAUGUAUGGAUAAUUAUUACGAUGAUGAUGACGAUGCCUUGUUAGCAAGAGAGUUCAAUCAAGAACCUGUGAGAUUCGAGGGUAGUCCAGGUGAUUGUGAAUCGGGAGAUUACGAUAUUGGAACAUUUUCCCUUACUUCAGUCAAUGGUAGAGCUGUCAAAGAAGAGUCCAUUCCUCUUUUUGCACGUUACCGACCUUCUCCACCUCCUCCACUUUCUAGAGGACAAAUACUAUUUUCUCCUAACUUACGUAAUCAGUCAUUAGAAGUUUCAGAGCAACCGUCAAGGUUUAUGAAUUCGGAAUGUCUUCCACUACAGAUCAAAGGGUAUUCUCAACUUCAGACGAGUGAUUUAGAAACUGUCGACGAUGAUAACCUAUCUAGUCGCAGAUGGUUCUCUGAGGAUGAAGCUUGUGACGUAAACCAAACUUUAUACCACCGUGUUAUGGAGGAACCUUCUCCUUUUGUUGGUUUGUCUACAACAUUGUCCCCUAUUGCACUCACGUUGGACACGGGUGUUAUAACUUCUUCAUCGCUUUCUUUGUCUUCAGCUUUAUCCAGAGUAGCUGCAGAUGACCAAGUUUCACUUCGACUUACUACUUCAUCUAGUACAAGAAAUAGUGCUAGUACUAAUCCUGUUAAUAGUCCACCCUUACAAGCUUCAACAUCAUCUUCAUAUGGUCAACUUAGUCAGCCUAUUUGUGAUACCCGACCACUUACCUCAGUUACUUAUAAUUCAGACCCAGUAAUUUCUUCUUGUUCCAAAAUAACCCUCUCCUCUUAUAUCCCAGAUGACCCUUCGAUUAGCGCUCGUCAAAGAUUAAUGGGAGCGUCCGCUGCAGCAGCUAUCUUGGCUGCAUCAGCAUAUGCUGCUCAAAACUACCCUGCAAAAUUGAACAACUACAGAGACAUGGUUAAUUUAAAGGAACAGGAUGUGGUUCAAUUACGUCAGUUACCACAACACUCAGCAUUGAUUGGUGACCUUUGUCUAAAUCCACCACUUCUACAAAUCCAAUCAAACUCACAAACUGCAGUGUCUUCUCUCAGACGCCGUGAUCCUUGGUCCAUACCUUUAAGAAAAAUGUCUAUAAACCUAAUACAAACAUACAAGCACAUAAACGAGGUAUACUAUCGUAAAAAGAGACGACUUCGCGAACAACAACGUCAAACAAAUGAAGCUUCUGCUCCAGUUCCUGAAAUACCUUACCUUCAAAAGAGUCGCUCACCUGAACAUGAUCUAUUGCUUGAUGAUCACCUGGAUUCAUUUUGGAGGAUGCCAGUUAGCAGUGAAGUGUGUAUCAAAACACAACCAAUGUAUGAUCAUGGCACUUUGGGUGGUAUUACUAGGACCACAGAACACCAAUCGUUCCCUUCAGGUGUUUCAGUUGAACAUUGUUCUACAACUUCUAACAAUGCCAUGAACGUGACUACAAAUUACAAUGUAGGUUCAGCUGUUCAGUCACAAACUUUUCCAUGCAACAAUUCUGUUGUGUCUUCCAAAAGCUCGCCUCACCCUCGACAUCGGGCCGUGCCGAAUGUACUUCGAGUGAAUUCAGAUGAAAUAGGACAACCUAAUCUGUAUGAUUCAACCACGUUAAAUGGAGUAACAAAUCGUUUUUCUACACUAGAUGUUUCUGAGUCUAUAUAUGACACAGGUAAUUCACAAAUAGACUCGAGAUUCAUGCCUGUUACCCUCAAUAAUGUUUGGCUACCAACAAGCAGUUCCAGUGCAACUGCAACACAUAUUUCUAGACCACUUCUACUAGAAAGUGGGAAGUCAGUGCCUCGUGAUCAAAGAGAUUCACGUGGUUCUACUAACCAGAGAGAUACUGAGCCACAUUCCACACAUUUGCAACAUAUACUCCCAUAUCAAUCUCUCCUGCCGUCAAAGACAGGCUUUUCCACUUAUAUGGAGCAAAAUCCAUUGUCUUCAGACAACAAUAUUCGUUCCAAAAACUCAUCUCAAGUCCCUCUGUGUCUUUUGUCAACAACAGAAGCUAGGAAUACCAGCGUCGCCACAACCGAAGGAUUUUAUCAGAAUCAAUCGAAUGUUGAUAUUACGAAACCAAUCAAUCCACACCAUUCAAUUUCUUUCCCGGUUGGAAAUUUCAGUUCCUCGAAUUGUGCAUAUAACAAUAGUUUACGAUCAUCAGCAUGUUAUUAUAAUUUAACACCGCUUGACUCAAUAUCCCCGACUAAUAGUCGAAUACCUGGGAUGUUUUUGAAUACGCAUCAACAUACUGCAAAUAUGUGUCCUGUUAGUCAUAGUCAAAAUAAUAACUUCGUGUCGACUUCUGUAACUUCACCUUCAUAUAUGUCUGGUUUUCGUCAACGUUUCGACCUCACGUCACAAAGUCAAGAUGCUUUAGCAAAUACAAGAACAUCAUUACAUGAUAACAUCCCUGGGGUUACUAGCAUUAGUCCUACCAGCCCGCCCUUACCAUCCAUUUUUUCCGGUCACGUGUCUAAUCCAGUUUUAGUUACAUUGACUUCAUCUUCCUUAAAUACAUGCGUCGCACGACCUCAUGAAAGCAAUGUAAAUCAAUUGUAUCCACUUGGUUUGUCUACUAAUGAAGUGUUGCACUCUUCUUAUGCACAAAAUGCUCUGUCAAAACCCACAAAUGUUACAUAUGUGAAUCAACCUAUGUUUUUCAACUCAGCACUGUCAAAUCAGUUUGUUCACCGUUCUGGUAUAAAUCAAAUAGGGACCAAAGUGGUGAUCGCAAACUCAAACAUUCCUGGGGCAUCAACAACAGUUUUACCAGCAGCUAGUGCAACAGUACAACAAUCAUCUGUGCUAUCUGGUUCAAGCAAAAGUAGUAUAAUGAAUAGUUCUACUACUACUAGUACUACUACCACUCAUCAUGUAGACCGUCGUCACACAGAUAGCAAUUAUGAUUACAUUGUUAGGCCUGGUGAGGUUUGGAUGGGACAAUACUUAAUUAACAAUCUUAUUGGUAAAGGAUCAUUUGGUCAGGUAAUGAAAGCACAUGAUUGUAUUUCAAAUGAAGAUGUGGCUAUUAAAAUUAUCAAAAAUAAACGUGCAUUCACUAAUCAAGCUCAAGUGGAAAUUCGUUUACUACGUGAAAUGAAUCAUUUUGUUGAAGAAGCUGCUGAAACUGGAAAAGAACCACCACUUGGAUCUAAUUUGAUUGUUCGUUUAAUUACUCACUUCACAUUCAGAGGUCAUUUAUGUCUGGUAUUCGAAUUGCUUUCCUACAAUUUGUACGAUCUUUUAAGAAAUACAAAUUUUCAUGGUGUUUCAUUGGGCUUAACGAGAAAAUUCGCUCAACAAUUAUGCUGUGCAUUAGAUUUCCUAUCUAGACCUGAAUUACAAAUCAUACAUUGUGACUUAAAACCGGAAAACAUUCUACUUGUCAAUCCUAAACGCUCGACCAUAAAAUUAGUGGAUUUCGGAAGCUCUUGUCAUAUGAAUGAGAAAAUUUAUCAAUAUAUCCAAUCACGCUAUUAUCGUUCACCAGAUGUUUUACUAGGAUUAGAUUAUACAAUGAGUAUUGACAUGUGGUCUUUAGGAUGUAUUCUAGUUGAACUACAUACUGGAGAACCUUUAUUCGCUGGACAAAAUGAAGUUGGACAAAUGAUGAAAAUUAUUGAAGUUCUUGGUAUGCCACCCCGGUUACUGCUAGAAAAAAGUCGUCGUUGGCAUGUAUUUUUUGAACGAACAGUUGAUCGCACUUAUGUACCUAAAGCUGCUUGCCAGCAACCAGGUAGUCGUCGUCUUUCUGAAAUUUUGGGUGUCAAUACUGGAGGGCCACGUGGGCGACGCUUACAUGAAUCUGGUCACACUCCAAUGGACUACAGCAUCUUCUUGGAGUUUGUACUGCGAAUGCUUACUUUCGAUCCAGCUCGACGCAUUAGUCCUGCUGCAGCAUUAGGUCACCGGUUUUUUCGACGUUCAAAUUCAAAUCCAGUGCCUCCUGGUGCCAACGUACUACAAUCGGGUCAAUGUGAUUCAGUUUCAAACGCUCCAGUUCUAGUUUGUCCCCCUCCUAACCAUUGGGCCAAUUUUGUCGAUAAUCCAACAUCUAAUCUAGUACAUAAUCAUUUGAAUAACUUACGAGUUUCUGGACACUCUGGUGUUGGUUUGGUCAAUCGAACAACUGAACAUUUAGAACUAAUGCGGAUUCAACAACAACCCAUGCGAAGUGCAGUCACCGGUUCUGUUAUGGUUUCACAGCCUCGCCCCAUCCCAAUUAUAUCUAACGAUGGUGUGAUAACACAAAUUGCUGAACCGCUCUCACCUAUUUUAUAUGGAUAUCACGGACCAUUUCAUGUUCAUUCUAAUCCAGGUCCUCUACCUCUUCAAAUUUCUCGUGUCAAUCCAACACAUCUUAUGCAAGGCGUUCAUUGUUUACCAACGGUAAAUCAAACGCAUACUAUGCCAGCCACAGCAAUUCCAACUACUUUUACCGAUUCAACUCACUUUCAUCAUCCAUAUUAUAUCGAAUCUGGAAUGUAUGCUUAUCCUCAACAACCUAUCCAAUUAACAUGGAUUAGUGGAUUAGGUGAACAUCAUUCAACUAGUUCUACCGCAUGUCUCACAUCUCCUGAUAUAAUGAAUGUAGCUUCUGCUUCUCCAGGAGUUUGGCGUUAA